CCGGGGAGCGACCUGGGAAGCGGAAUUCGGGGCGCAGACCUCCGCGCCUUGUGACCAAUCAGUUGCUCCCCUUGCGGACCCUGUCUUCAAUCAGCCCACACGCCACCCCCAGCCGAGGCGUCGUGUUUACAGCCCCAGCUGUGCCCGCACAACCCCAGGAAGCCGGUAGCUCCCGAUGUCUUCUCUCAAGCUAUGGCCAAGUGGUGCCUCGGCCCCUCUCGUGUGCUGCGAAGAACUGGAGAACCCGGAGUUUGUGGGCAAAGGCGGGUUCGGGGCAGUGUUCCGGGCAAAACACAGAACAUGGGGCCACGAUGUAGCCGUCAAGAUCGUGAACUCGAAGGCGAUAUCCAGAGAGGUGAAGGCCAUGGCGAAUCUGCGGAACCAGCAUGUGCUGCUCCUGCUGGGGGUCACGGAGAGCCUCAGGUGGGACUGCGCGUCAGGGCCGGCUCUUGUAACAGGGUUCAUGGAGUAUGGCUCCCUCGCGGGGCUGCUGCAGCCCGCGUGCCCUCGGCCCUGGCCUCUCCUCUGUCGCCUACUGCAGGAAGUGGUGCUGGGGAUGUGUUACCUGCACAGCCUGAACCCUGUGCUCCUGCACCGGGACCUCAAGCCCUCUAAUGUCCUACUGGACCUGGAUCUCCACGCCAAGCUAGCAGAUUUUGGCCUGUCCACAUUUCAGGGAGGGUCACAGACAGGGUCAGGGUCCAGAAAUUCGGGAGGCACCUUAGCUUACUUGGCCCCAGAGCUCUUGGUUGAUGUCAACAGGAAGGCUUCUCCAGCCAGUGAUGUCUACAGCUUUGGGAUCCUCGUGUGGGCAGUGCUGGCUGGGAGAGAAGCCGAGAUGGUAGACAAUUCAUCGCUAGUUCGCGGAGCCGUGUGUGAAAGGCAGAAUCGACCUCCAAUGACAGAGCUGCCUCUGGACAGCCGUGAGACUCCUGGCCUGUCAGGACUGAAGGAGUUAAUGGUGCAUUGCUGGAGUUCUGAGCCCAAAAACAGGCCAUCCUUCCAGGAUUGCCGACCAAAAACCAAUGACGCUUUCAUCCAGGUACAGGACAAGAUAGAUGCUGCUGUCUCCAAAGUAAAGCAUUAUCUGUCUCAGCACAGAAGCAGCGACAGAAAGUCGUCUGCCCUAGAGCCAAGCCAAAGAGGUACAGAAAUGGACUGCCCAGGGAAAACCACAGUUUCUGAAAUGCUGGACCACCUGCGUCUGGAGGAGCCCUCCAGACCAGCUCCUGAAAAAUCCAUAAACUUUACUGAGAAGAGAACACAGGAAGAACCCACUGGGCACGCCACAACAGCUACGCCAUCUUCUGACAUGGGGGCUCAGACUCCCCAAACUCCACACACUUUACCCUUCCAAGGCCCAACACCUAGACCAUUCUUUAAUGAGACUCCAGAUCCCAGCCCCCAAGGGAAUCAGGGAAAUAGAAGACAUGGCCCUCAUUGGUCCCCUGGGAUCCCAAGGCCAAAUCCAACAGCAGGGCCGCCGCAGCCAUCAUUUAGCUUCAACCACUGUUACGGAGUGCAGAUCGGGGACAACAACGUCUUGUCGGUACAACCAAAAACUGCUUUUUCCAAGAAGGGCCCAACACAGAUGGGCAGGGGAACGGGCCGGUAACCCGUCCACGAGCAGAUUUCAGAGAGUGUCUGCAAGAGCCUGGACCCUGGGAGUCACCACUUAGUCAUUACGGUGGGAAUAAAAGCACUUUGUAAGCAACCUGGAAUGGCCGAGACUCCCUGUGGCUCGCAACACUCAUGGAGAGCAGUUGGGCCUACACCCAGACUGACUUUGACCUAUCUUCCAAAAGUCAAUAAAUACAAUAUGUUACUGUGA